AUGGGAUCUGUGCAUCAGAUUACUUUGUUGAGCUUACAGGUUUGUUUUUGUUCAUUCCUUAGUGUGAGAAGCCAAUUUCAUGAGGACCUAACCCUAGGUUUCACUGAACUCCCACUAAACGCCUCCAAUUUCAAACACCACAACCCUUAUAACUUACCCGUAAGCUCAAGAUACAGCUUCCAUGGCGGAGUACACAAAUUUUGGGUAUACUCUACUGACAAACCUCUUAGCAAAAGUAGCCCUACGAAGCCUCGAUCAGAAAUUAAAAUUCAGGGUUAUGAUUAUUCUUCAGGAGUUUGGCAGUUUGAAGGACAUGGAUACGCACCUAGUGGUACUUCAGGGGUUUGCAUUAUGCAACUUUUUGGUGCAGAUUCUCCACACGCAACCACUUUGAUGAUUAGGACUUAUAAUGAUUCGCUUACGUAUUACAGAAGGCCAGUUCUGGUUCCAUAUAUAUGGGACAGAUGGUUCCAGUUAAAUGUGAUUCACGAUGUGGAAGCUUCCAUUGUGAGGGUUUAUAUAGAUAGGCUUCUGGUUUAUGAAGCUCCUGGGCGUGGAGGUCACUCCCAUUACUUCAAAUUUGGAGUCUACACACAAAACGAUCCUUCUUACUACAUGGAGUCUCGUUGGAAGGGAAUUAGAGUUCUUCAUAAAAUUCACUACUAA